AUAAUUUCAAUCAACAUUUCACCGUUGAAAAUAUAUCAAUCGAUUUGUCAUCAUUCUUGCGAACGAUUAUCGGAAUAGUUCCAAGAACUACAAUGGAAAUUCCGAUCAAAAAUCGAGCGUUUUUAACGUUCAUCCUCUUCGUGGUCCUUGUUCAGUUUUCAAUUGGAUUGGGCAAUUUCUCACGGGAUAUUCGUUCCAUAAAUGAUCCAUCAUCUUUCUGCAAGAAACGGACGAACUUCGAACACCCCAACUGUACGUGCACCGUAGUUAGUACAAAUGUUUCGGAUGAAGUUUGCAAGAAAGACUUUGAAAAUGGCCAAGAGGACGUUCUGUGUGGAGCUGGAACGCCAAAAAAGACUUCAAGUGCACAACUGAGAGAUCAGAGAUGCGAAGGAGGACUUCAAUGGUGUAAAUCUCAUCAUUUAGACAAAAAGUGCAAGUCGGCAAGUACAAGUGUAGUCAAUGAUUCAUCGAACACUUCUGCAACCGCGACUCAAACCACCACUCCCUUGACAACAACUUUUACAUUGGAGAACGCGACAACGAAGGAAAAAGUGACAACGCCAACACCGCCUCCACCUACGACAACGACACCAACCACCACACUGAAGCCUACGACUUCACCCGAGAAGCAUAGCACAACGGAAGAAGCCACGUCCCCUUCACAGAAUGAAACGACAUCAGUCACCACACAGAAUCCUACGACUUCAAACCAGAAGAAUGAGACAACGGAUGAAGCUACGUCUUCUCCACCUACGACAACGACACCAACCACCACACUGAAGCCUACGACUUCACCUCAGAAGCCUGACUCAACAGAAGAAGCCACGUCCCCUUCACAGAGUACAACGACACCAGUCGCUACACAGAAUCCUACGACUUCAAACCAAAAGAAUGAGACAACGGAUGAAGCUACGUCUUCUCCACAGAGUGCAAAGACACCAGUCACAAAUCCUACGACUUCACCCCAGAAGCCUGACACAACGGAAGCCGCGCUCCCUCUAACGACUGCAACAACUACAAAGGCUACACAAACUUCACACAGACCAGCUGAAUCAAUAAUUCAGCCAGAACAAGAACUUCCGAUUACGGAAACUUCAGAGAUGCUCAGCAAUAUGACUUGUUCGAUGAACGUCGACAUCUGUGAUGAGAAUUACUGUCCGAAACUUGCUGCUGGAAUUAAGAAGGCUGGUGACGAUUAUAGCUGGCUUAAAAUGCCUCUUUGUAUUAUUUUUUUGCUAUCUAUGAUCGUAAAUGUCGGACUUUUCGCUUGCAACUUCAAGAAGUACUUCAAGAAGAAACCAGCUGCUCCGAAGACUCAAGCGGCUCCAAAACCUGGUGCAAAACUUCGAGAGACUCAGGCAGCUCAGAAGAAGGAAGUUCAGACGAAGAAAAAGUAUCCAUCUGAAAAGAGUGAGAAGAGCGAGGCUACAUCUCCAACUCCAAAGAACACAGAAAUGAAGAAGAAGCUUCUGGAGACUCAAGCCAACCUUCAGAAGAUCCGGGCCCACAUGAAGAAGAACGCUCUACAGCACAAAUCGGACACUAGAACAUCGAAGUUCAAAAAGAUGGGACCAAUCUUCAUUCCCAUGGAGCCUGAUAUUCUGCAGGCGCCGGUACUUCCCAACGUUGUUCUGGACAAAGUGUGGUACGAUCCGACAUGCAACGUGAUGUACGAUAUUGGAUCCGAUGUAGACGAUAUCGAGCUGGACACGUCGUUCAUGGUCGAUCCAAGUACGAUGACGGAGGAAGAGGCCACCAAAAAGAGUAAGAAAAGCAAGAAGAGCUCAAAGAGCAAGAAGAGCGAGAAAGCUAAGGGAAAUAAAAUCAAAAAAGAAGAAGCUAAGAAGUCAGAAGAUGAAAAGACUAAAGAAGGAUCGAAGAAAGACGAGAAGAGUGUGAAGAAGGAGAAGACUGUCGAGAAGUGA